GGUUUCGCCGGCCUCCCGUGCCGGAUCCCGCUCCCAGCCGCCGUCCUUGUCCGGCUUCUGCUGAUUUCGGAUCUUUGCCAAAAAAAAGUCUGCUGCAUCGGGCUAUGUUGCUGUCCCUCACUGUCCGGUGAUCUUCGAUGGUACCAACUACACCGAGUUCGCUGGCUUCAUGCGCAUUCACAUGCGUGGCAUUCGUCUCUGGGGUGUUCUUUCUGGCGAGGUCUGCUGUCCGCCACGUCCGGUCCCUCCGGUGGCCCCUACUCCGCCGACUCCACUGGUUCUUCCUACGGACGCUACUCAGGCCGCUAAGGAUGCGGCUAAGCUUGCUGAUGAGACUGCUGAUCGUGCUUAUGAUGAGAGGGUUUUGGCUUAUGAGGAGGCUCUUCAGACGUAUCAUGGUGCUUUGUCUGUUUACACCCAGUGGCUUGAUGAUGAUGCUCGUGCUGCAGCUGUUCUCACUGCUAGUGUUCUGCCUCAGUUUGCUUCUGAGUUUCUGGGUCUUCCUACUGUCUUUCAGAUGUGGACCUGUCUUCGUCAGCGCUAUGAGCCCUCUGGUGAUGCCUUAUACCUUUCUGUGGUUCGUCAGGAGCAUGCUCUUCAGCAGGGUGACUCUACUGUUGAUGACUUUUAUGCACAGAGUUCUGCUAUCUGGCGCCAGCUUGAUUCUCUCCGCAGUGCUGGUUGUCGUACUUGCCCCUGCUGCCAGGCUGUCCAGGCCAACUUGGAGUUUCAUCGCGUCUACGAGUUCCUGUCUCGGCUCCGUAAGGAGUUUGAGCCCCGGCGUGCUCAGUUGUUUGCUCGUGGCCGUAUUUCUCUCAUGGAGGCGCUUUCAGAGAUUCGUGCUGAGGAGACUCGCUUACGUGGUGCUGGUUUGCUGGAGGUUCCCUCUGUGCUCGCUACUCGGGCUUCUUCCACUCCACCUGCUGCACCGCCCCAUUCUCGCUCGAGUGCUCCGCCACUCUUGCCCACUCCUUUUGGAGGCUCAGGUCGCCCCCGUCCACAUUGUGACUACUGCAACAAUGAUGGUCAUAUUGAGUCCCAGUGCUACACAAAGCGGAAACACCUGCGCAAGGCGCGAUCAUCCUCCUCAGGGACUUCGUCAUCUCCCUCGACAGCUUCAGCCAUUGCUUUGACUGAGCAGGAUAUUCUGAGACUUAAGCGUCUGCUCGCGGCUUCAGGUUCUUCCUCGACGGGUACUGCUGGUUCUGUGACUGAUGCUUCCCGCACUGAGCACCCGCCCUCUACACAGUCAGGUACAUCCCCAUGGGUUCUGGACUCUGGAGCUUCUUUUCAUAUGUCUUCUCAUUCUUCCGCUUUGUCCUCUCUUCGAUCGCUGGAUUCUCCUGUUCAUGUCUUCACUGCUGAUGGUACUCCACUUUCUGUUGCUAGUAGAGGCCAUCUUUCCACUCCUUAUUCUGUUCCUGAUGUUGCUCAUGUUCCUCGACUUACCAUGAAUCUGUUUUCUGCCGGUCAACUUACUGAUUCUGGUUGUCGUGUCAUCCUUGACGUUGACUCUUGUUCUGUCCAGGAUCGUCGCACGCACACUCUGGUUGGGGCUGGCCCUCGCCGCCGUGAUUCUCAGGGUCUUUGGGAGUUGGACUGGCUUCAUGUUCCUUCCGCUUCCACCACCAUCGCCAGUCCCUCCGCUGCUGUCGCCUCUGUUACUGGUUCCUUCAAGUAGUGGCAUCAUCGCCUUGGUCAUCUGUGUGGUUCUCGGUUAUCGUCUUUAGUUCGUCGAGGUCUUCUGGGGUCUGUCUCAGGAGAUGUCUCUUUAGAGUGUCAGGGUUGUCGUCUUGGCAAGCAGAUUCAGUUACCAUAUUCACAUAGUGAGUCAGUGUCUAAGCGUCCUUUUGAUUUAGUCCAUUCUGAUGUAUGGGG